GUGGUUGGAGAGAAUUGCGUGAAGGAAAAGCUGCCAAACGAGCAGCAGCGAAUUUGAGCUCAGUUGAAGAUACACUUCUUGUUGCAAGUGCAAUGAAAUCAUCUUCUAUAAAUGGCAAUGAUUCGGAGCAAAAUCAGGGUUUUGUUCGCCCAAAAAGAGCAGUUCAUUCUUCAGCUCGAUUAAUUUGUCGUCAGUUUGCUUGCACUAACUCUGGCUCGCUUGAAGACAAAAACGAUGGAGAACUGGAUAAAAUGAGAUCUGAAUAUGCAGAAAUUGAUCAAACGCCAACAGAUCUGGAUCAGUCUAGUGACAACAGCACUGCAGAGAGCACUGAUUUAAGCGACUUGGUAGUUGAAGAAUUAUCUCAGAUCUCGGCUCCUGCGCCGGCAAGAGAAGAAAUACAUAUGAAGAGUAUAUUCAGUCGUCCAAAUCCGUUAAUGCAAAGUUCGUGCACGGGUGAUCAUACACCUGUCGCAGGCACACCACCACCUAUGGACAUACUUUUUCGAACAUCACUGCCAUGGAAUUCAAAAGUUCGUGAAGAAGAUAUUGAGACGUUUUUGCAGUGCGAAAGAAUGAAAUUUUUUAAUUACCGUUUACCGAAUGAUUCAACAACAGUAUUCGGUUUACCGUUACCAAUCCAAAAAAGUAUCGAUGCAUUACGUCGUCACGUUUAUGUUUCAUUGGGUGAAUUACAAGCAAAUAGAGAAAAAGAAUUAAAUCGAUAUAUGUUUUCGCAACGAGAAGAUAAUAUUCCAAUGACGAGUGCAGAAAAAUUGUAUCGAAUGAUGUUGCCCAAUUUGAGUCAAUACAUUAUUGCUUUAUUAAAAGUACUACUAGCUGCUGCACCUUCUUCAAAGGCAAAAAGUGAGGCAAUCAAUAUAUUGUCGGAUGUGCUUACACCUGAAACAGAUAACAAUGAAAUAUUGUCAAAUUCAGUCAAUUUUGAUAAUUCACUCUCCAAUAUUCUUGAACAAAGCGUUCGUAUUGCAAUCGAUGUUAAUCGACACAAAGAGAUAAUGGUUAAAGCUGCUUCUGCAAUUCUAAUAUUACUGAUGAAGCAUUUUCGAUUAAAUCACGUAUAUCAAUUUGAAUAUAUCGGGCAACAUCUUGUUUUCUCUAAUUGCAUUCCGUUAAUCCUGAAAUUUAUGGAUCAAAAUAUGGUUCGAUAUAUACAAUCGAAACAUGAAUUGCGACCGUACAAUUAUCCACAUGCUCCACUUUAUUAUGUGCGAAAUCAUGAGGAAUGGCCGGUGCUGGAUAUUAAUAAUCUCGAGGAUAAUGAUUCGCAGUCACCAUCAUAUUAUCUAUGGCGUAAUGUUUUCUCAGCCAUCAAUCUCCUGCGAGUUUUGAAUAAAUUAACGAAAUGGAAACAUGCACGUACAAUGAUGCUGGUAGUAUUCAAAUCGGCGCCAAUUUUAAAACGCUCAUUAAGGGCAGUGUUCCAGCUGUAUGUAUUAAAAUUACUCAAAAUGCAAGCUCGAUACCUAGGACGGCAGUGGAGGCGAACAAAUAUGGAAAUUAUGUCGGCGAUUUAUGCAAAAGUGCGACAUAGAUUAAAUGAUGACUGGACUUAUGCAAAUGAAACUCGCUCGAAAUCGUUUGAUUUCCAGAAUGAGGAAGCAGCACUGAAAACUGCGGUAGAAAGAUUCAAUUCGAGACGUUACGCUCGUUUAUAUCCUGCAUUUGCAUUAGAAGUUGGAGAAGCUUCAUCUCCAGAAGAUAGCUAUUUGGAUAAUAUUGAUAUAAAUGAGUUUGCACCAAUGGACAAUAGUUUCCAGUCAUUAUUGGGUACAAAAGUGGAACUAAGUGAUCGAUUUAAGCGUAACUAUGCUAGAUGGGUUGAAGAUGAAGUGAUUAAAAAUCAUACAAAUUGGGAUCUGCUUAUGGCACUUACACGUGGAAUCAUUGAUUUUAUUUGA